AUGGACGAAAACUACGACGUCAUUGUCCUCGGCACGGGGCUCACGGAGUGUGUGCUUUCGGGACUUUUAUCUGUGGACGGGAAAAAAGUGCUUCACAUCGACAAGCAGGACUUCUAUGGUGGUGAGCUGGCGUCGUUGACCUUGCUGCAAUUGUACAAGAAAUUCAAGCCGUCCAAGCAGAAGCCAGAAACUUUCACGGGCAGAGACAGAGACUGGUGCGUCGACUUGAUUCCAAAGUUCUUGAUGGCCAAUGGCGAGUUGACCAAUAUCUUGGUGCACACCGAUGUCACCAAGUACAUUGAGUUCAAGCAGAUUGGCGGCAGCUAUGUGUACAGAUCGGGUAGAAUCAGUAAAGUGCCUUCUAACGAGGUGGAGGCGUUGAAAUCGUCGCUCAUGGGCAUUUUUGAGAAGAGAAGAAUGAAGAGGUUCUUGGAGUUUGUGGCCAACUACGACGAGAACGUGGCCUCCACCCACCAGGGGUUGGACUUGGACAAGAACACCAUGGACGAGGUGUACAACCACUUUGGCUUGGAGAGGGGCACCAAGGAUUUCAUUGGCCACGCCAUGGCCUUGUGGGCCAAUGACGACUACUUGAAUGAAGUCGCUAGACCUACAAUUGAGAGAAUUGUUCUCUACGUCCAAUCUGUGGCUAGAUACGGCAAGUCUCCUUACAUAUACCCAUUGUAUGGGUUGGGCGAGUUGCCCCAGGGCUUCGCCAGAUUAUCCGCCAUUUACGGUGGUACUUACAUGUUGGAUACCCCAAUUGAAGAGGUGUUGUACGACGAGAAUAAGAAGUUCGCCGGUGUGAAGACCAAGGAAGGCACUGCCAAGGCUCCUAUUGUCAUCGCGGACCCUACUUACUUCCCAGACCGUGUGAAGAAGACUGGUCACAGAGUUAUCCGGGCAAUGUGUAUCAUGGACCAUCCAGUCCCAAACACGCACGACUUGGACUCGGUUCAGAUCAUCAUUCCACAGAACCAGGUGGGCAGAAAGAACGACAUCUACAUUGCUGUCUUGUCCGAUGUUCACUGCGUGGUGCCCAAGGGCUUUUACUUGGCCAUUGUUUCCACCAUUGUGGAAACCGACACGCCCCAUGUCGAAUUGGAGCCAGCGUUCAAGCUUUUGGGCUCUCGCCUCGACACCUUGAUGGGUCUUGCUGACUUGUACGAGCCAGCCGAUGAUGGCAGCGAAAGCAACAUCUACAUUUCCAAGAGCUACGAUGCCUCCUCUCAUUUCGAGUCCACCACCGACGACAUCAAAGACUUGUACUUCCGUGUCACAGGCAAGCCAUUGGUGUUGAAGAAGCGCUCCGACGAGGAACAGUUGGAGGGUCUCGAGUAA